AUGCCCUCGAUUACGACCUCCAUCAACGAUUGGGACGAAGAUGAGGCCGGAUCAUCCGAUAGCCUGUCGGGAGAGUCGUUUCUGGAGGCCAUAUCUCCGUCCCCUAUUAUCAGAGAGUUUGUCUCUGCCGCGGCCCAUGUUGCAUCAUCAAAUGCGUCAAAUGUUGACCAUGCAUCGUCGCAAAUGGCUGCAUCAGAUAUCGUGAAUCCGAGAGCCUAUCAGCGGGAGAUGCUCGACCAGAGUCUCAAGCAGAAUGUCAUCGUUGUGAUGGACACGGGAAGCGGCAAGACCCAAGUUGCCGUGCUGCGGAUCAAGGCCGAGUUGGAAAGAUGUGGCCAUGACAAGAUGAUAUGGUUCCUCGCCCCGACAGUUUCGCUCUGUGCUCAACAGUUUGACGUCAUCCGCUUUCAGAUUGCUUCCGUCAACAUGAAGCUGAUUACUGGCAAUAACAAUGUUCACACCUGGAAUGCUCGCACCUGGGACCUUGUGUUGGACGAUGUUCGUAUUGUCGUCUCGACCUACCAGGUCUUGUUCGAUGCGCUUUCACAUGCCUUCUUUAGCAUCGACCGCUUAGCUCUCGUCGUCUUUGACGAAGUCCACAACUGCAUCAACAAACACCCGGGAAGCAAGGUCAUGAAAGACUUCUACCACCGACACAAGAGCCAAGGCCAGCCCGUGCCUUCGAUCCUCGGCCUCACAGCAACCCCGACCAUGAGAUUCAAGGCCGAAACCAUCGAGAGGCUUGAAUGCAUCCUCGAUGCCAGGUGUAUCACGCCAACUUUGCAUCGGGAAGAGCUCCUCAAAUGCGUCAAUAGGCCCCAAGUACACCAUGCAUCUUUCACACCUCAACUUGAACCACACGACACCCCGUCCUUGCUCGCCCUUCGGAAUGUAUAUCGCAACCUUGACAUCCAUGAGGACCCAUACAUCCUGAAGCUCAAGACCGAUCUCACGGACAAAAACCGCAGAUCCCUCCUCAAAGCCAUUGAAAAGGGUGAAACCUAUUCGCGGCUUCAAAUGAAAAACUUGCUUAGUCGUGCUUCGGAGGUCGGCCGCCAGCUUGGCCCCUGGGCCGCUGACUUUUAUCUCUGGACUUCCAUCACCACAUUCCUCGAUCAUUUGGAGAAAUCAAAUGACUUCUUAGACGAUUGGGCAAGCGAUGAAAAGCGAUACGUGGCUAAUGUUCUUCGAAAGGUGGUCCCCCAGCGCCCUAUCUGUCAUCCACCAAAGGAACCGUAUGUUUCAAACAAGGUCUCCAUUCUGCUCCUAGAGCUGCUUGCCGUUCCCGACCCGGUUGUCGGAAUAGUCUUUGUUCGAGAACGAGCCGUGGUUGUAGUUCUCUGCGAGCUUCUCAUGUUAUACCCGGAGAUUGUGAAGAAAUACCAAAUCGGAUGCGUCGUCGGCGCCUCGAACUACGGAAGCCGGCGAAAUUCCAUGUACGACUUGAUAGGCAAGAAUGGUCAAGAUCAGAUGACGCUGCAAAAUUUCCGCUCCGGGAAGAUCAACCUGUUGGUGGCAACGGCUGUUCUGGAGGAGGGGAUCGAUGUUCCAGCCUGUAACUUGGUCUUGUGCUUCGACACUCCUGCAACCCCGAAGGCGUUCGUCCAGAGGCGUGGCAGGGCCCGGAAGACCGACUCAAGGCUGAUCAUGUUCGCAGAGAACUCUUCCAUGACCAAAACGUGGGAGAUGCUCGAGAGAGAAAUGAGACAGGUGUUUGAGGAGGAGGAUAGGGCAGUGCGCAAGCUGGAAUUAUCAGAAGACUCCGACUUCACGAGCCCUGUCCAUUUCCAAGUGGCCUCCACAGGAGCGAGGCUUGAUUUUGAUAAUGCGAAGCAGCACUUGGAACACUUCUGCCAAGUUCUGGCACCAGGCGAAUUUAUCGACGGCCGGCCGGAUUAUAUUCUUCACAAGGACUUGGAUGGGCUUCAACCCCGCUUGAGGGCCAAAGUGCUGCUACCGCCCUCGAUUCCGGAGGAGCUGCGGGAGUUUCAUGGCGAAUUCGCAUGGCUCUCGGAGAGGAGCGCAACCAAGGAAGUCGCAUUUAAAGCCUACGUCGCUCUGUAUCACGCUGGAUUGGUAGACGACAACUUGUUGCCUUUCAAGUUUGACGACAUCCCUGGCGUGGAGGCCAGAGACGCCGAGGUCGACAUUGAGCCCCCAUUAAAUCCAUGGCAUCUGGUCGCGAGAGAGUGGCAGCUGUCAAACGACAAUUUUCUCUACCCGUUGAGCUACUACGACGAAAACGGCGAACGAACCGAUUACGAGGUACUCCUCCCCAUUCAACUGGACUCUAUUAGACCCAUUGAGUUGUUUCUGGCCCAAGGAAAGACCUGCCGAGUUCAGUUUGGGUCGAUGAGCCAUGUUACUGAGGAUCAAGCUCACAUGCUGCCCGAUCACACAUCAACAUUGCUCGCCCUUUCAUUCGCCCAUCGGUGGCUAGUUGAGGACAAAACUCAUGUGCUUAGGAUGACGGCCAAGGGAUUAGAUAUUUCUAGGCACCAGAUUGGGUCCGUCCAAUUGGACCCAAGCAAUGACGGCUUGAAGCUCGGGCAGUAUCUGCUUCGAGACAGGUUUGGAACUCCUUAUCUGUUCCGAGGCACACUUCCUACGAGACCGCCAACUGAACACGUUCGGCACCCUUUCAGUGAAUUCGAGCUGCUACGGGAGGAUGUUCCUUACUUGGUCCUUGCCAAAUUGACAAAACGCUCCGAUUUCCUUCACCCAUUACUUGGCGAUCCGAAAACGGACACUCGGAAAACGACAGCUGAAAGUAGACGGUACCCCUUUUUUCUUCCGCAACAAAGCGUAACAGUGGACAUGAUUCCGGCCAAAUACGCUCAGUUCGGGAUGAUGAUUCCUUGCAUCAUCCAUGAACUCGGUGUCACACUCACUGCUCAGCAACUCUCAACAACGUUGCUGCAACGUGUUGGCAUCACAGACCUAAUGCUGGUCAGGGAGGCCAUCAGCGCCCGCAGCGCCCGCGAGCCCCUCGACUACGAAAGGUUAGAGUUUUUGGGCGACUCGAUUCUCAAGUACUGCGCUACGGUUCAAGCGACGUCGGAUCACCUGAACUGGCCCGAAGGGUAUCUCUCGCGCUUUCGAGACCGCAUUGUGGCCAAUUCUAGACUUUGCCGGGCAGCGCUAGAUGUUGGGCUCUCGAAAUUCAUCCUCACUCGAUCCUUCACCGGCGACAAGUGGCGACCGUUGUACCUUGAAGACAGCCUGCAACAGAGCAGCAGGUCACCGAAUGGGGCUAAACUAUCAACCAAGACACUGGCCGACGUGGUUGAAGCCUUGAUCGGUGCGUCAUACGCAGAUGGAGGCAUUCCCAAGGCCAUAAGGUGCAUAUCUACAUUUAUCCCAGAGUGCCACUGGCGCAACGUAGAGAAAAGUCGAGAUAUCUUAUUCAACAUGGCUCGAGAUGGCGAUUUGCUGCCGUCAAUUCUAGAGCCGGUCGAGACACUGCUCGGGUAUUCAUUCAGAAAGAAAUCGCUGCUUUUCGAGGCUAUGACGCACGCGUCUCAUGUGUUGGGUUCACGCCAGCGGUCGUAUGAACGACUCGAGUUUCUCGGUGACGCAGUUCUCGACAACAUCAUUGUCACGAAACUAUUUGCCGUCAAGCCGCCUAUACCGAAUUUCCAGAUGCACCUGAUCAAGACGGCGAUGGUGAACGGAGAUUUCCUCGCAUUUCUCGUCAUGAACCACGAUAUGGGCCAAAGCGACGACGUUGUCGCGAACGAUGGGACGGUAGUUGGGACGGAGACUAGGUUGUCUCUUUGGAAUUUUAUGCGUCACGCUUCUCCCGCCAUCGGUCUCGAACAAGACGAAACGGCACGGCGAUUUGAGGAGUUGCGAGGGGACAUACAGGUCGCCAUGGAGCAGGGGGCGCACUAUCCGUGGGCGUCCCUGGCUCGUCUGCGGUCAAAGAAAUUUUACUCAGACUUGUUUGAAUCAAUGCUUGGCGCUGUAUGGAUCGACUCGGGGUCGCAAGACGAAUGCGAGGCGGUGGUGUGUCGGUUUGGAAUCUUGUCGUACCUCGAACGUAUCGUCCGCGACAAGGUUGAGGUUCGGCAUCCCAAGGAAUCGAUAGGACUGUGGGCCGGGACACAAACGGUGACGUACGACAUGGACCUGAAAGAGGACCCCAACGGCAAGAAGACCUAUACCUGCAGGGUGCAGGUAGGGAACAGCGUCGUCGCCGUGGACGAUGGCUUGAGCUUGUUGGAAGCAACGACGAAGGCAGCAGAGGAGGCCUUGAAGCGGUUGAUGAAGGAGAAGGGCGUUUUCUGA